AUGGCCGCUUGCCGCACGGCCCUUCUGCUCAAUUCUCAAGCUCGGUUUGUCCCGGCCGUUUCCACGUCAUUGAAAGCACACCCAAUACAACAAGCAAGGACACUCUUCGACUCCCUCCUCUCCUCAACAUUUGGGACCUGUUCACUUCGUUCUAUGGCCCAUACCAAAGUUUUACCAUACUCCGCUGCAACAGUUUUCAAAGCGGUCUCUGACGUGGCAGGCUACCCGACUUUUCUGCCCUUCACAAUUUCAAGCAAUGUCACAUCGAGAGAUGCUGCCGGCUACCCGACCCGAGCCACUUUGAAAGUCGGCUACGCGGCACUUGGCAUUGAGGAAGACUGGGAGAGCAUUGUUCGAUGCGAUCCGGCUCAAGGAAUCAUCGAGGCAAGGAGCAGCGAGGAGCACAGCAACGGUCUUUUUGAAACCUUGAGUACAAAGUGGCUCGUUGCACCUUCGAAGACGGCUGUCGACAGCACGGCUGUCAGGCUGAACGUCAACGUCAAAUUUCGAAAUCCUCUCUACGAUCAAAUGUUUGCCCAGGUCGAAAGUAAGGUUGCGAGUACGAUGGUGUCUGCCUUUGAAAAGAGGGUUGAAGAGCUCCAUCAAAAGCAGAAAAUGCGACCUGGGUGA